AUAAGAAAUAUAUUUUACGAUAAAUAACUUUUUUCAUACAAUUUUUUCCCAGAGAUUCAAAUGGGCCCCUGGUUUUGGUCAUGGGGGGCAUGAAAUCUUCCCAUUAAAUCUGGUAAGGAUAGUUUCGAAUUUUCCAAAAUGAAAGGGUGCAUUUUCUUACUGCUACUUUAAACUAAAGCAUUCAAUCAUCACCGUGUAUCCCGCGUGCGUCCGCGUUCUACUCUUCGAACAACGCUGCGCAAUUCCUGCAACAUGCAUACGACUUCUCUCAUUCUUUCUCUCUCUAGUUUCUCACUUUCUCUCUCUUCUUUCCCGCUUUAUGUAAAGCACUCUUUUGCAGCUUUCCGUUUUUGUACUUUGAAUUCUUGAUCCCAAUUGUCGGCAAUCAGUUAUGCAGGACCUUGGAGCUUCCUAUGUCAGGUGAUUAAAUUUCACAUAUAUUCUGGUUUUCUUUCUUUCUGUUUUUUUUUUGGAAUUUGAUAUCAGGACGGUUGAAUUCGGUGGCUUCUCUUUUGGGUCUUCUUUAUUUGUUUCUCUUGGUGUGAAAAAGGUAAUUUUUGAUGCCUGAUUGAUUUGGGGUCUGGGUGUUUUCUCUUCUUGCUCUGAAUUCAGAGAGAGCUGUUUCUCUGUGAUGAAUUAUGGGUUUUCUCUGGCCUGAAAUGGGUUUUGGUCAAAGAGUUUCAUGGUGGAUAUUGAAAAAUUUUAGUGGGUGAUUCAGGAUCCAGUCUAUAUAAGCUUUCAAUCUGUUCAUGGCUUCGAUCCGAAGAACUCUCUCUCCUGCUCGCUAUGAUCGACCCAACCUGAAUUCAGAUUCCUUUUAUACUACUUCCCCAUCUUAUAAGUAUUCACAUUUAUCGACUAGUUCGUAUGAUGGAGGAAAACUAAUCAGGGCCUUGAAUGCCUUGCCAUUUUUCCCUGCAUUUUGUGGCACUCAUGACUUGCUUGUUGGUAUCUGUCCACAAAGAUAUUUGAGGCAUCUCGAUCGGUCCAGGACAAGAGGACCCUUUUCAAAGAGAGCUCUGUUUCAGUUUUUUAUAUGCUUUAUGUUAGGUCUUUUAGCUGGUCUGAACCCUUUUUACAAAGUGGAGUUAUCUGAUAAUCUAUCUUCAAAUCACCAAGACUUAUUGUUUGAGCUCAAGUCACCACCUGUUAAUGCCCAGCAAGAUUUAAGUCAAAUUGCUAAGAGGGGAAGGAUUAUUGAAACUGUAGAACCAGAAGGAAUUGUGAGCCUAGAGGUUGGGCCUAAACACCAAAAGGAAGACAAAAAGACAUCAUUUCUUGAUUCUACCGUGGAUGUGAUCUAUGGGCCUUCUCUAAUUAAGGAGUUUCUUUUUGUUCCUCGAAAGCUUCUGAUAAUUGUGACCCCAACUUAUAAUCGAGCUUUUCAGGCUUACCAUCUCAAUCGUUUGGCUCACACUCUGAAACUAGUCCCCCCACCAUUGUUAUGGAUAGUUGUGGAGAUGCCUUCUCUAUCAAUGGAGACUGCUGAAAUAUUGAGAAAGACUGGUGUAAUGUAUAGACACAUUACAUGCAACAAGAAUUCGACACUUUCAAAAGAUAGAGGGGUUCAUCAGCGCAACACUGCCCUUGAACAUAUCGAACGUCACAAUCUAGAUGGGAUCGUUUACUUUGCAGAUGACGAUAAUGUAUAUUCUCUUGAACUGUUCAAAAGGAUGAGAGAAAUCAGGCGGUUUGGCACUUGGCCAGUUGGCAUGCUUGCCCAAGGCAAAGCAAAGACCAUACUUGAAGGCCCUGUUUGCAAUGGAAGUCAAGUAGUUGGGUGGCAUACAAAUGAAAAGAGCAAGAGACUCCGUAGGUUCCAUGUUGAUAUGUCAGGAUUUGCCUUCAAUAGCACCAUAUUAUGGGAUCCUAAAAGGUGGCACCGGCCAACUUCUGAUCCUGUAAGGCAGCUGGACACAGUCAAGGAGGGUUUUCAGGAGACCACAUUUAUAAGGCAAAUUGUUGAAGAUGAAAGUCAGAUGGAAGGCCUGCCGCAAGAUUGCUCGAGGAUUAUGGUUUGGCAUCUUCACUUAGAAGCUCCAGACCUUGUGUACCCAAGAGGCUGGGACCUUCAAAAGAACCUUGAUGUCAUCACUCCUUUAUAGUAGGGACCAUGUCUACUGGAUUAUCUCUUUUUGGAGACCCAAGGAAUUACGAAAUGUGGUCUUCCAUGCUCCCCAAGCAAAGGAUAUAUGGCAAGUCGGCCCCUGUCAUUUGCCACUUGGUGGUGAUUGUAUUCGGUAAUUGGUGGAUUCAUUAUUUUUUAUGGGUGGGUCAAUUUUCUCAAUUUACUGUGAUUUUUAUUGAUGAUUCUCAAAGGCAGAAGGUGAUUUUAGUUGUUUUGUUUGCUUCAAUCGGCUCAAAACUUGCUGCACGCCAAAUGGUGAUGCCUUGUGGAGGAGGAAAGUGUUUUUGAUUACUAAUGGAUUUUGUAUUCCUCUUGUAGAGAAAUUUGUGUUCAGCAAUUUAUCUGUUUACCAUAAGCAUUUUAUCAGCAUUUUUAGCACCAUCUUCAGCAUCAAGUUGAAGUUGGGGGGAUGAAAGAUACAUGAAAUGAAGACGGACAACCUUAGGGGCAUGUUUGGUGAUUGGAAAUUGCGGAUUACCUGGGACCUGGAAGUUCUGGCUCCCUAGAAGUGGGCACUGUUGAUAUCCGUAAGUUUUGGAAUACUUGUUUGAUGACAAUUGGUAGUUCAAGGACCAAGAUUGGGCUUCAGUAAUUUAACCAAGUUUCACGGAGAUUAGGCUUCCCGGCUUCAAAGAGAGAGGGGGGGGGGCACAAUUAGAAAGAGAUGACUUAAAGGAAUAUGAUUAGAGAGAGCAAUGAUACAUUUAGAGAGAGAGUAAAGAGAGAAAUGGACAUGGUUAGAGAGAGAAAUUAGAAAGAGAAACGGUAUGGUUAGAGAGAGAAAGAAAUAACACGAGAUGUUAGAGUCAAAGAAAUGACAAAAUUAGAGAGGGGAGCUUAGAGAGAGAAAGAGAGAAAUGGCACUAUUAAAGAGUGAGGGAGAGAAAAUGCAUGGUUAGAGAGAGAAUUUGGAGAGAGAGAGAGAGUAGUCGCAGGUGUUAGGGAGAGAGGGCAUGGUCACAUAGGGAAGGAGUUUGGAGAGAAUUCGAGGAAGGAAGAACCCAAAAAAGUGUAUAAAAAAAAGGUUGAGAGUUGAACUGAAAAAAUGAGAUAACCAAACUUUCAUGGGGGUAAAUUGCAAGUUCUCAUUUUUUGAAAAUCCAAAGCUAGUUUUUGUAGCAUUCGUUAGCAAACAAGGAAAGUACUAUUGAAAACUGGAACCUCCAUUUCUUGAUCUGAAAUUUCUUGUUAUCAAACAUGCUCUAAGGCCGUCAUAAUACAAAUAAAUGACAAGUAGUGCAUGAGAAUACAA